CCUCACCCUCACCUCUCACCCAACUCACAACACACCAUGGGCCGCAGAUCCAAGCACAAGCAGGCCGCACCCACGCCCGUGCUCGAGCCCGCCGCGGCCAAGUCGAGCGGCACGGUGCGCUCCGGCGGCCGCAACAAGCCGCUCUCGGCCGCCGGCCCGCGCAACCCGGGCGGCGCCGCUGCUGCCAGCGGCUCGGCGUCGAAGGGCAAGCGCAAGGCCACCGACGCCGCGCCGGCUGCGGCACCCGCUGCGGGAAAGCGCGCCAAGGCAGCGCCCGCGCGCGAGGCCGCGUCGGCGCCGCCAAAGGCCAAGGCAGGCAAGAAGGGCGAGGAGAAGGUGGAGCGCAGCAUGAUGUUCGACAGCGAGGACGAGGCCGGCGACGGCUUCGAGGGCCUCGAGAGCGGCGAUGAGGACGAAGACGCGGCCGAUGAGUUCGACCUCGGCAGCGACAGCGAUGACGAGGGCGCGGACGCCGCCAACGCUGCCAUCCUCUCCGAGGGCGAGGACAGCGGCAUUGAGUACGAGGACGAGGAUGCGUCAGACGCAGAGGGAGCGCUCGGCCUGGCCGAGUCGGGCGACGAAGAGGGCGAUGAGUCGCUCGUCGAGGACGCAGAGCGGGAGGAGGAGGACGGCAUCGACCUCGACAACCUGCCGGCCAAGGGCACGAAGCUCACCGAGCGGCAGAAGAAGAAGAUGCGCGCGGAGGCCGAGCGGCUCGAGGAGCUGCUGAAGAGCCAGGGCCUCGCGCUCGACAGCGACGAGGAGGGCGGCGAGGAGUAUGAGGAGGGCUCCGAGGAUGAUGAGGAGGGCCUGGAAGACGACGAGAUGCUGCUGGACGGAGAGGAGGGCAGCGACGACGAGGAAGGCGGCGACUCGGCCUCGGGCGAGGAGGGCGGCGACGACUUCAUGCUGCCGACGAUCGAGCAGCGUGAGGCCGAGGCGGUGCAGGGUGCAGACCUGCAGGUGGUGCAGAUGCGCAUCCAGGAGAUUGUGGCGAUCCUUGGCGACUUCAAGCGGCUGGCGACCGACGGCCGCAGCCGCAGCGAGUACAUGGAGCAGCUCCUCGACGACGUGUGCAGCUACUACGGCUACAAUGCGUUCCUGGCCGACCGGUUACUGCAGAUGUUCCCGCCCGCUGAGGCUAUCGAGUUCUUCGAGGCGAACGAGACGCCGCGCCCGGUUACCAUCCGCACCAACACGCUGCGCACGCGUCGCCGCGAUCUGGCACAGGCGCUGAUCAAUCGCGGCGUCACGCUCGAGCCGCUGGGCAAGUGGAGCAAGGUCGGUCUGCAGGUCUUCGAGAGCAGCGUGCCGAUCGGCGCCACGGCCGAGUACCUGGCUGGCCACUACAUGCUGCAGGCGGCCUCUUCGUUCCUGCCCUGCAUUGCCCUCGCUCCGCAGCCGGGCGAGCGCGUGCUCGACAUGGCCUCUGCGCCGGGCGGCAAGACGACGUAUCUGUCUGCCCUGAUGCAGAACUCCGGCGUCGUCUUUGCCAACGACUCGAACAAGGCGCGGACGAAGAGCCUGACUGCCAACGUCCACCGGCUGGGCUGCAAGAACGUCGUUGUCACCAACUACGACGCGCGCGCGUUCCCCAAGGUGCUCGGCGGCUUCGACCGUGUGCUGCUGGACUCGCCCUGCUCCGGCACGGGUGUCAUCUCCAAGGACCAGUCCGUGAAGACGAACAAGUCGGAGCGCGACCUGCAACUCCUCACGCAUCUGCAGAAGCAGCUCAUCCUGUGCGCCAUCGACAGCGUGAAGCGCUCGGGCGGCUACGUCGUGUACAGCACCUGCUCGGUGCUGACCGAGGAGGACGAGCAGGUGGUCGACUAUGCGCUGAAGAAGCGUCCCAACUGCAAGCUUGUGCCGACGGGCGUCGACUUUGGCCGCGAGGGCUUCCUGUCCUUCCGCGAGCGGCGGUUCGACUCGAAGAUGAACCUGGCGCGCCGCGUCUACCCGCACACGCACAACGUCGACGGCUUUUUCCUGGCCAAGAUCAAGGUGUCGCCCAAGGUCAAGCCGACGGCCGCCGCUAAAGCGGCAGCGAAGAAGGCCGACGAGUCCGACGAGUCCGACGCGCCCGCUAUUGAGCCGGAGAGCGACGACGAGGCAGCAGAGCCCGCCGCCACUGCGGCCGACACCAGCCUCUUCAAUGACGAGGAGGACGCGCAGCUCAUCGAGAGCGCCAAGCGGCGCGCAGACAAGCGGAAGGGGCGGCCGUCGGGUGGGCGCAAGAGCGGUGCCGCCGCCGCUGCAUGA